AUGCGAUCCCCAACUAUUCUCCUUCUUCUUCUCGCCUCCUUCGUCGGCCUCUCGACUUCUACCAUCUACUGGAAGAAUCAUGUGAGAACAGUUCAGAACCAAGCCGGCUUGAUUCUUUUUGCCUAUAGGCAUAAGGAUGCGCCGCUUUUCUACUCGCUCGUGCCAAACUCAAAGGAAAUCGAAGAAUUCUUCGCCAACCAUGGAGCCGACAUCGUUUCCGUAGAAGCCCAGGAAGCCCAUGAAUCCUUUGGAAACGAUAUCUAUGGUGUGAUCACGGUCAAGGAGAAAUUCAGGGCCUAUCACGUCCAAGUGGAACUGACUUUUGAUGCGAGUAGUCCAACUGGGUACAUCAUCACCAAGGGACACGUCUGCAAGACUGAAAACUGCAAAUACGAUAACGUCAGAUACUGA